AUGUCAAUGGACCCUGAGGAGGAGAACGCCAAGGUGAUACACUAUCUCAACCUCUCCGCUUCCCUCACCGCCUGCAGGACACACGAGCCUGCAUUCACAUGUCUGAUACUGGUCCUCACACCAGCAGUGUGCUCCAAAGGACAGCAGACUCACUGCCGACUGCCACACUUGGAGGGCUCCACAGCGUCUGACCUGCAACACGUGAAUGGGUCUCCCCUGGAAGGCAGAUCGACUUUGGAAGGAGAAGAGGCACCCAGCGAUGAAGGCCAUGCGGUGUCACCCCUGGAAAACAGCGAAGAGAAAAGUGAAGAGGCCAUGGGUGCCUCAGGCCCUUCUGCACGGGAAAUUGAGGCUGAGGACAAAGCGAAAAUAGAAGAGGAGGCAGCCAAGGCUGGGGCCAUUUCAACUGAAAGGGCGGCUGCUGUUAGACGGGUCCCUGUGCCCACCCAGGAAGUGGAAAGUGAAGAGGACCUGGAAUCCGAGUUGGAAACUGCAUCCCUUGAAGGUCAAAUCAGCUCAGAGCUCUUGUCUCUAGAUGUCAGUCUCAAAGAGAUGCCCAGAGAUGAUGCUGCUUCUGUGCCUCUGUAUCAUACUGCUGCUGAUUUCUCCCGCGAGGCUGGGGCGUCGGAACCGGGAGUUAUCUCCAGAGAGCCAUCCCAAUCCAUGGACCUGGAUGCUUCAGGAUCAAUGGCGGGCCCCUUGCAGGACCCACAGCAGAAAGCCUUUCCUAUGGGCUUUCAGCACAGACUGACCCAAGGGAGCAGCGUGGUGCCCUCAGAUGAGGAAGAGCUUUCCCUGAGCCUGGAGGAACACUUUGAAGAAGAGGACCUUGAUGCCCACUCUCCGGAGGAAGCGUUGCUGGACCAGGCCCAAGAGUUAAGCCCUGAAGAAGAGACUUCAGUGGAGAGAAUAGAGUCUGAGGGGAGUGAAGAGGCAGAAGACGAGGGAUCCCAGCUGGUGGUUUUGGACCCAGACCAUCCCCUGAUGGUCAGAUUCCAGGCUGCCUUGAAGAGCUAUCUGAACCGUCAGAUAGACAAGCUGAAGCUGGAAGUGCAAGAGCUGGAGGUGGCCAAAAAGCAAAGCCGAACAGAGUGUCAGGAGCUGGGCGUGAAUCUCUAUGGGGUCCAGCAGCACCUGGCUCGACUGCAGAUGCAGCUGGGGAAGAGCCAGGACCGCCACUCCAUCGCUGCCAGCGAGAGGAGACAGAAGGAGGAGGAGCUGCAGGAGGUGCGCACGCUCUACACCAAGACCUGGGCAGCCGCCAAUGAGGAGCGGAAAAAACUGGUGGCCCUGCAGAUGGAGAUGGAGAGCCUGGCCCUGCAACUCUUCUACAUGCAGAACAUCGACCAAGACCUGCACGACGACAUCUGCGUGAUGAAGCAGGUGGUGAAGAAAGCCGAGGUGGAGAGGAUUCGGGCAGACCUGGAGAAGAAAAAGCAGGACUUGUACGUGGACCAGCUUACCACACGGGCCAACCAGCUAGAAGAGAACAUUUCUCUGUUGGAGGCUCAGUACCUUGCCCAAGCUGAGGACACCCGGAUUUUAAGGAAAGUGGUGGGCGAGGCCACCACGGAAAUAGAUGCCAUCAAUGUGGAGAAGAAGCGCAUCCUGCAGCAGUGGGCCACAAGUCUGGUGGGCAUGAAGCACCGUGACGAGGCAUACAGGGCCAUCCUGGACGCACUCAGGGAAUGUGAGCGUCAAGUCAAGUCCAUCAAUGGUGAGAUCGAGGCCUAUAAGAAAUCCAUCAUUAAGGAGGAAGAGAAGAACGAAAAGCUGGCCAGUGUCCUGAACCGGGCUGAGACGGAAGCCAGCGUGAUGCAGAAGCUGACCACGCAGUGCCUGGCCGAGCAGGAGGCCCUGCAGGAUGAGUUCAACACCUACCAGCUCACCCUGCAGAACAUGGAGGACACCCUCAACAAGGGGCUCCAGGAGCACACAGUGGCCAUGAGUGAGCUGCAGACUGUCCGCCAGGCUGUCCACUCUGAGCAGGACCUGCGGCACAGGCUGGAUGCCUCCAUCAUUAACAAGCUCCAGGAGCACAUGACCUCCAACAAGAUGACCAAGUACUUCCACAAGCUCCUCCUGAAGCUGCAGAAGGAGAAGACCAACAUGGUGACACAUCUUUCCAGAAUCGAUGGUGACAUUGCCCAGGCCACCCUGGACAUCACCAACACCAGCUGCAGGCUGGACAUGCAUCAGAAAACGCUGGCUGAGCUGGACCAGGAGGUGAAGAAAGUGAACGACCUCAUCACCAACAGGAAGAACGAGAUCUCCCGGGGCACGAUCCUGAUCGAGAGGAAGCAGGGCCUCAUCAACUUCCUCAACAAGCAGCUGGAGCAGAUGGUUUCUGAGCUGGGGGGGGAAGAAGUGGGGCCCCUGGAGCUGGAGAUCAAAAGGCUGACCAGAAUGACAGAGGAGCACAACACCAGUGUGACUCAGGCCCAAGAGACCUGGCUCCGCCUGCAGCAGGAGCUGGUCAAGGUCACACAGGACCGAGAGGAGCAGCUGGUGUUCCUGGACAAGCUCAAGAAGGAGGUCCACAUCCUGGAGCAGAAAAAACUGCGCACGGAGAGCAAGGUCGAGCAGGAGAAGAAGGAGCAAAAGGAGAUUGACCGGCACAUGAAGGACAUGGACCGCGACCUGAGGAAGCUCAACGUGCUGCUGAGCAAGAACCGCUGCAGCUCAGAGGAGCUGCAGCACAACAACGUGGUGGCCGAGACAGAGUUUGUGCGUGGGCUGAAGGAUGCAGAGAGGGAGACCAUCGAGAUGCAGGAGAAGCUGAACCAGCUCAGCGAAGAGAAGGCCACCCUCCUGAACAGCCUGGUGGAGGCAGAACACCAGAUCAUGCUUUGGGAGAAAAAAAUCCAACUGGCAAAAGAGAUGCGUGCCUUGGUGGAUUCAGAUGCCAGUCAGAUGGAAAUCCGCACCAUGAAGGCGGAAAUCCACAGGAUGAAGGUCAAGCACGGGCAGCUGCUGAAGCAGCAGGAGAAGAUGAUCCGGGACAUGGAGAUGGUGGUGGCUCGCAGAGAGACCAUCCUAACCCGGGCCGAAGGGCAGAGCAAGAUGGACAAGAAGGUCCUCACCCGGACCGACUUCCGCUACCAGCGGACUGAGCUGCAGCGGAAAAUCAAGGAAACCCACAAGGCCACUGAGCAGUGCAAUAAGACCAUAUCAGAACUGGAAGAAACUCAAAAACUGCUGAGCGGCUCCCUCAGUGAGAUGCAGGAGAAGCUGUCUGGGCUGCAGGUGGACAGUGACAUGCUUGACACCAACAUCAGGCAACUCACGACCCUCAAGCGGCAGAACCUUUCGGAGAUCGUGACCCUGCAGACGCGCCUCAAGCACCUGCAGGCCGUGGUGGACGGAAAGUACAUAUUCCUGUUCCGCUCCCAGAAGUCCAUGACGCAGGAGCGCAAGCGCCUGGAGGGUCGGCUGGCCCUGCUGAGCACCAUCUUGGCCCGUGUGCAAGAGGAGCACCCCCAGUUCCAGGAGGCCCUGCGCCCCAUCAUCCAGAAGAUCAACAGCAAGCUGGAGUUCCUGGGGCCCUCGUAGACAAUACUGGGGAUGCUCCCACUUCCAGAAUCCAGCCCAGACCACUGGACCUUAAGGGAUUUUCGAUCUGUGUGCCCCUGGAAGGACACCAUUUACAGGAAAUGGACAGGCCAGCCCCAGAGGAACUCUUUCUUUUUCUUUUUCUUUUCUUUUCUUUUCUUUUUUUUUUUUUUGGAGGAACCAGGGAUUGAACUCAGGCCCUUGCGCUUGCCAGGGAAGUGCUUAUUCCACCGAGCCAUCACCCCAGCCCCCAGAGGAAUUAUUUCUCAGCCAUUCAGUUUAACUCAAGUUGAACCCAGCAUCUCUGGCAGCACUGGGUGAUCCUGCCUGUCCCUUUCCCAUCGGCAGGGGAAAUCGCCUGGGAAUACAAAAAUCUCACACUCCCCCUUGUCCAGGUAAAAAACAGUGGGUGGUGGCUCCCCAAGACCAGCCUUGUAGAGGAAGAAGAGACCCCACAGAAGCCAGGGGUGGGACUUGCAGGUGCGCACUGGAGGUUGCUUCACUCGUAGCACUUUGCUAGGGCACAGCUGAGGGCCCAGUCACUUUCCGGGUGCCCCCUCCUCUCCCCGCCUUCCCCACACCACCACCCAGA